UUCGAGCCCACCGCUGCUCCCCACAAGCGAGCUCUAGGGCGAGAUGAGCAGCCGCCGCCGCCGCCACGCCCGCUCGCCGCUGGACGACGACGACCUCCUCUCCGAGAUCCUGCUCCGCCUCCCCCCGCAGCCGUCAUCACUCCCGCGCGCAUCCCUCGUCUGCAAGCGGUGGCACGGCCUCGUCUCCGACCCCGGCUUCUUCCGCCGCUUCCGCCUCCGCCACCGCCGCGACCCUCCUCUCCUCGGUUUCUUUGACAGAUACGGAGCUCCGUUCCGGCCUGCCCUGGAGGCCCCCAAUCGUGUUCCUCCCGAGCGCUUCUCCUUGCAGCACCACGAGGAUGAGAUGCACUCCUUUUCCCAUGGAUGCCGCCAUGGUCUCGUGCCCAUCUCCCUUCUGAAGCGUCGCCAGGUCCUGGUCUGGGACCCCGUCACUGGCGACCAGCACCGCAUUCCCUUUCCCGCGCCGUUUGAUACAGCGAAGGCCAUGGUCAACGCGGCGGUGCUUCGCGAUGCGGGAGACGUCCAGCACUUCCAGGUGGUCUUGGCAGUGGCAGGCACCGAUGCCGAACAUCAUACGCGAGCGCUCGCUUGUAUGUACUCGUCAAAGACCGGCUUAUGGGGGGAUCUCGUCUCAACACCCAUUCCAUACCAGGCUAAUGGGUACCGUAUUCCCACAUUGGUUUAUACCGAUGAUGCUGUUCUGGAUGGAUGUUCCCUUUACUGGAAGCUUGUGGGGAAUUUGAUUGGAAUUCUUGAGUUUGAUCUGAAGAAGCAGAGUCUAGCUGUGAUACAGGUGCCAGUGGACAUCCUCGAAGGUAACAGCUUGCAGGUUAUGCGGGCUGAGGGUGGUGGGCUCAGUCUCCUCUUCGUGUCAAACUCCGACUACACCGCCCGGUUAUGGAAGAGGAAGACCAAUCGUCAUGGUGUUGCUUCAUGGGAGCUUGCAAGAAGUAUUGACCUGGGCAAGCUACUUUCCCUGGAAUCAGAGGAGAAACGUCCCCUAAUGAUACUAGGGUAUGCUGAACAGAAUAAUGCGGUGUUUCUGUGGACAGUUAUCAGCGUCUUAAUGAUCCAGCUUGAGUCACUGAAGUUCAAGAAGCUUUUUGAAAGAAUGACCUUUUCUCACUAUCAUCCAUUCGAAAGUGUCUACGGUGCAGGAGCAUGUAUUACUGGUGGACACGACAGGGCUGAGCUUAUGCUCAAUGCGUAAGAUGAUUGUCGGUCUACUAAAGCAGGUAAGCUUAUCUUAUACUGACAUUCUGCCUCCUAUCUACUGGUUGUGCUCUUUUGUUUGCCCUCCAUUCUAUCCGGCUCCUUUGCUUUCGGUUAUACCUCUUUACUACUCUCCAAGUUCGUUUUGGUACUGUGGGCUCUUCUUUCUCUAGCUUCUCUCCAUUGACUUAUGAUUUUGGACCCUUCCCCAUUCCCUAUUUGUGCCCCCUGAAUAUUGGAAUGCUGUAAUGCUAAGUAGUAAUAAAUGAAGCACUAGCCCCUUACUGUGCUUGGGGAUAUAUUUCUGCUUUUGUUUACUCUCACAGAAUUGCUUCAACUAUUUUUUCCUGUGGUUAUGGGUCUAUCAAGUCCUAGUGUGA